GCCUCAGCCGUCAGCCUCCUCCUCCCCACGAGGAAGCAUCAGCGGCAGCAGCGACGGCGGUGGCGCCCGAGGCCCUGGGUGCUAAAGCGGGGCUGCCGGGAGCCGGCUCUCCCCCCACCACACCCCACCCCACCCCGACCCGACCCUCCGGCUCUGCCCCUUCUCCCUCCGCCCCUUCCUGCUCCUGCCCUUCUCGCCUUCCCCGCCCCCACCCUCCUUGUCCUGCUGCUCUUUCUCCCUUCUCUUCCUCCUCUUCCUCCUCCUCCGGCCGCGGGUCCGGAGCCGCUACUGCCGCCGCCGCUUCCUUCUUCCGCGUCCAUGUAUGAAGGGAAGAAGACGAAAAACAUGUUUCUGACCCGGGCCCUGGAGAAGAUUUUGGCCGAUAAGGAAGUGAAGAAAGCGCAUCACUCUCAGCUGCGCAAAGCCUGCGAGGUGGCCUUAGAGGAAAUAAAAGCUGAAACUGAAAAACAAAGUCCCCCUCAUGGAGAAGCAAAAGCUGGUUCAAGUACUCUUCCUCCGGUGAAAUCGAAGACUAGUUUUAUUGAAGCAGAUAAAUACUUUCUACCAUUUGAGCUGGCAUGCCAGUCCAAAUGUCCCCGGAUAGUUAGUACAUCCCUAGAUUGUUUACAGAAACUUAUUGCUUAUGGACACUUAACUGGCAAUGCUCCAGAUAAUACUACUCCUGGCAAAAAAUUAAUUGAUAGAAUUAUCGAGACAAUAUGUGCCUGUUUCCAAGGUCCUCAAACAGACGAGGGGGUCCAGUUGCAAAUAAUAAAGGCUUUGCUUACUGCAGUGACAUCACAGCACAUAGAAAUUCAUGAAGGAACUGUGUUGCAAGCUGUAAGAACAUGUUACAAUAUAUAUCUAGCAAGCAAAAAUCUAAUCAAUCAGACAACAGCCAAAGCUACUCUUACUCAGAUGUUAAAUGUUAUAUUUGCACGUAUGGAAAACCAAGCACUACAGGAAGCCAAACAAAUGGAAAAGGAAAGACAUCGUCAACAUCAUCAUCUAUUGCAAUCCCCUGUAAGCCAUCAUGAGCCUGAAUCACCUCAGCUGAGACAUCUGCCACCUGAGACUGUUGAUACUUUGCCUCAAGAACAUGAAGGAGACCUUGACCCCCACACAAAUGAUGUGGAUAAGAACCUUCAUGAUGAUACAGAGCCAGAAAAUGGAUCUGAUAUUUCCAGUGCAGAGAAUGAACAAACUGAAGCUGAUCAGGCUACUGCUGCAGAAACAUUAUCUAAAAGUGAUGGAUUAUAUGAUGGAGAAAACAAUGACUAUGAAGAUAAGGCGCAAGAUAUUGUGCAGAGUAUUGUACAAGAAAUGGUGAACAUAGUUGUUGGAGAUAUGGGAGAAGGGACUGCUGAACAUACAAAUGCAGAUGGCACCACUGGAACUUUAGAGGACGGUAGUGAUAGUGAAAAUAUCCAAGCAAAUGGGAUUCCAGGGACUCCAAUUUCUGUUGCAUAUACACCAUCCUUACCUGAUGACAGAUUGUCUGUCUCUUCCAAUGAUACUCAGGAAUCUGGAAAUUCUUCAGGACCUUCACCUGGUGCUAAGUUUUCCCACAUUUUACAAAAGGAUGCCUUUCUAGUAUUCAGGUCAUUAUGUAAACUGUCAAUGAAACCACUAUCAGAUGGACCACCAGACCCAAAGUCUCAUGAAUUGCGAUCCAAGAUCCUUUCACUGCAGUUACUUCUGUCCAUUCUACAGAAUGCAGGACCUGUUUUCAAGACCAAUGAGAUGUUUAUUAAUGCUAUUAAGCAGUAUCUAUGUGUUGCACUCUCUAAAAAUGGAGUUUCAUCUGUUCCAGAGGUUUUUGAGCUUUCUCUUUCUAUAUUUCUUACCUUGUUGUCAAACUUCAAGACACAUCUGAAGAUGCAGAUUGAGGUAUUUUUUAAAGAGAUUUUCUUAUAUAUAUUGGAAACCUCUACCAGCUCAUUUGAUCACAAAUGGAUGGUUAUACAGACAUUAACAAGGAUUUGUGCAGAUGCUCAGAGUGUAGUGGACAUUUAUGUAAAUUAUGACUGUGAUUUAAAUGCAGCAAAUAUAUUUGAAAGAUUAGUUAAUGAUUUAUCAAAAAUAGCCCAAGGACGGGGCAGUCAAGAACUUGGUAUGAGUAAUGUUCAGGAAUUAAGCCUGAGGAAAAAGGGUUUAGAAUGUUUGGUGUCUAUUUUGAAGUGUAUGGUUGAAUGGAGUAAAGAUCAGUAUGUGAAUCCAAAUUCUCAGACAACACUCGGUCAGGAAAAACCCACAGAGCAAGAGACAAAUGAAACCAAACACUCUGAGACAAUUAACAGAUAUGGAAGCUUAAAUUCUCUGGAUUCUACAGCAUCCUCAGGAAUUGGCAGCUACAGUACACAGAUGUCUGGCACUGACAAUCCAGAACAAUUUGAAGUCCUAAAGCAACAGAAAGAAAUCAUAGAACAGGGGAUAGAUUUAUUUAAUAAGAAACCAAAGAGAGGAAUACAAUAUCUGCAGGAGCAAGGAAUGCUUGGUACUUCACCUGAAGAUAUUGCCCAAUUUUUGCAUCAAGAAGAACGAUUAGAUUCAACUCAGGUGGGUGAAUUCCUGGGAGAUAAUGAUAAAUUUAACAAAGAAGUUAUGUAUGCAUAUGUGGACCAACAUGACUUUUCAGGAAAGGACUUUGUUUCAGCCCUCCGCAUGUUUUUGGAGGGAUUUCGUCUUCCAGGAGAGGCUCAGAAAAUUGAUCGGCUAAUGGAAAAGUUUGCUGCAAGAUACUUAGAAUGUAACCAAGGACAAACCCUUUUUGCUAGUGCAGAUACUGCCUAUGUUUUGGCUUACUCAAUUAUCAUGUUGACAACAGAUCUUCAUAGCCCACAGGUAAAGAAUAAAAUGACAAAGGAACAGUAUAUUAAAAUGAAUAGAGGUAUCAAUGACAGUAAAGACCUUCCUGAAGAAUAUCUCUCAGCUAUCUAUAAUGAAAUAGCUGGAAAGAAGAUAUCAAUGAAAGAAACAAAAGAACUAGCAAUUCCUACAAAGUCAAGUAAGCAGAAUGUAGCCAGUGAAAAACAGAGGAGACUUCUGUAUAAUUUGGAAAUGGAACAAAUGGCUAAGACAGCUAAAGCUCUCAUGGAAGCAGUAAGUCAUGUUCAAGCACCUUUUACCAGCGCAACUCAUUUGGAACAUGUGAGACCUAUGUUCAAGUUGGCCUGGACACCUUUUCUGGCAGCAUUCAGUGUGGGCCUACAAGAUUGUGAUGAUACGGAAGUAGCUUCUCUUUGUCUAGAGGGAAUACGAUGUGCAAUCAGAAUUGCUUGCAUUUUUAGCAUUCAGCUUGAAAGAGAUGCUUAUGUCCAGGCACUAGCCAGAUUCACUCUGCUCACAGUGAGUUCAGGUAUUACUGAAAUGAAGCAGAAGAAUAUUGACACAAUAAAGACCCUCAUCACAGUGGCUCAUACAGAUGGAAACUAUUUGGGAAAUUCAUGGCAUGAGAUUCUAAAAUGCAUCAGUCAGCUGGAACUGGCACAGUUAAUAGGGACUGGAGUGAAGCCACGUUAUAUUUCUGGCACUGUCCGAGGCAGAGAAGGCUCUUUCAGUGGAACAAAAGAUCAGGCUCCAGAUGAGUUUGUGGGUCUGGGAUUAGUUGGAGGAAAUGUGGACUGGAAGCAGAUAGCAAGUAUUCAGGAAUCCAUUGGAGAAACCAGCUCGCAAAGUGUUGUUGUUGCUGUAGAUAGAAUAUUUACGGGGUCUACAAGGCUUGAUGGAAAUGCUAUUGUGGAUUUUGUCCGUUGGCUUUGUGCUGUAUCUAUGGAUGAAUUACUUUCUACUACACAUCCUCGCAUGUUUAGUUUGCAGAAGAUAGUAGAAAUUUCUUACUAUAACAUGGGAAGAAUAAGAUUACAAUGGUCUAGAAUUUGGGAAGUCAUUGGAGAUCAUUUCAAUAAGGUUGGCUGCAAUCCCAAUGAAGAUGUAGCUAUUUUUGCAGUAGACUCCUUGAGGCAAUUAUCAAUGAAAUUCUUAGAGAAGGGAGAGCUUGCGAAUUUUCGAUUCCAGAAGGAUUUCUUAAGACCAUUUGAACAUAUAAUGAAGAGAAAUAGGUCUCCUACCAUUCGGGAUAUGGUUGUACGAUGUAUAGCACAAAUGGUUAACUCUCAAGCUGCUAACAUUCGCUCAGGCUGGAAGAACAUCUUCUCAGUAUUUCACCUAGCUGCCUCAGAUCAGGAUGAAAGUAUUGUGGAGCUUGCAUUUCAAACAACAGGACAUAUUGUCACCAUUGUAUUUGAAAAGCAUUUUCCUGCUACCAUUGAUUCUUUCCAAGAUGCUGUGAAAUGUUUGUCUGAAUUUGCAUGCAAUGCAGCCUUUCCAGAUACAAGUAUGGAAGCAAUUCGUCUUAUUCGCCAUUGUGCAAAAUAUGUAUUUGACAGGCCGCAGGCUUUCAAGGAAUAUACAAGUGAUGACAUGAAUGUGGCUCCUGAAGACAGGGUGUGGGUGAGAGGAUGGUUCCCAAUUCUCUUUGAGUUAUCAUGUAUCAUCAAUAGAUGCAAAUUAGAUGUAAGAACCAGAGGCUUGACAGUAAUGUUUGAAAUAAUGAAAACAUAUGGCCACACUUAUGAAAAACAUUGGUGGCAGGAUUUAUUUAGAAUUGUCUUCAGAAUCUUUGACAAUAUGAAACUACCAGAACAACAAACUGAGAAAGCUGAAUGGAUGACAACUACUUGCAAUCAUGCACUUUAUGCAAUCUGUGACGUAUUCACCCAAUAUUUAGAAGUACUAAGUGAUGUCCUUUUGGAUGACAUAUUUGCACAGCUGUACUGGUGUGUGCAGCAAGACAAUGAACAGUUAGCACGGUCUGGUACAAACUGUUUAGAAAAUGUUGUCAUUCUGAAUGGUGAGAAAUUUACUCUAGAAAUUUGGGAUAAAACUUGCAGCUGCACCCUGGAUAUCUUCAAAACUACAAUUCCACAUGCGCUCUUGACUUGGCGACCUACUAAUGGAGAAACUGCUCCAGCAUCUCCAUCUGCUGUGAGUGAAAAACAAUUGGAUACAAUAUCUCAGAAAUCGGUGGAUAUACAUGAUUCUCUUCAACCAAGAUCUAUAGACAACAGAUAUCCUACACAGUCCCCUGGGGGAUCUGUUGUGAAUGAGGAAAUCAACAAAACAAAGCUCUCAGCAAAAUUUCCAGAACAGAAAUUGUUUGCUGCCCUAUUGAUUAAAUGUGUUGUACAGCUUGAACUCAUCCAAACUAUAGACAACAUCGUAUUUUUCCCAGCAACUAGUAAAAAAGAAGAUGCAGAAAAUCUUGCAGCAGCACAGAGAGAUGCAGUGGACUUUGAUGUUAGAGUUGAUACUCAAGACCAAGGAAUGUACCGCUUUUUAACUUCACAACAACUUUUUAAGUUACUGGACUGUUUGUUAGAAUCCCAUAGAUUUGCCAAGGCAUUUAAUUCAAACAAUGAACAGAGGACUGCUCUUUGGAAAGCAGGUUUCAAAGGGAAAUCUAAACCCAAUCUUCUCAAGCAAGAGACUAGUAGUCUAGCAUGUGGAUUACGAAUUCUGUUCCGGAUGUACAUGGACGAGAGCCGAACCAGUGCAUGGGAAGAAGUCCAGCAGAGGCUCUUAAAUGUCUGCAGUGAAGCACUAAGUUAUUUCCUAACUCUUACAUCAGAAAGUCACCGGGAAGCCUGGACUAAUUUACUGCUUUUGUUCCUAACUAAAGUUCUAAAGAUAAGUGACAAUAGGUUCAAAGCUCAUGCAUCAUUCUACUACCCUCUCUUGUGUGAAAUUAUGCAAUUUGACCUGAUUCCUGAACUUCGAGCUGUUCUCCGGAGGUUUUUUCUUCGUAUUGGAAUAGUUUUUCAAAUAUCGCAACCACCUGAACAGGAGCUUGGAACAAGCAAGCAGUGAUGGUAACAAUAUUACUCUGUUAGAGUUUAUAUCCUUCAGCUCUUUAAAAGGACCAUGGAGCUAAGGUUUCCAGUUUGGAAAAUGCCUUCUUACAAAGAAGCAUGGCAGCAUGUUUCUAUGGUUUGAUGGUACAGGUGUGUAGAACUGUAACUCAGACUUGCAACAAACACUCCCUUCUAAUCCUUUUCAGUUAUCUGAUGGAUUAUCUCUGAUUGUCUUGUUGGGCUCAUGUUGAGCUUAGAGCCUGUUUUCAGCACAGUGUGUCAGUAUGUGCUAUGAUACCCUCCUCCUUUGUUCUAGACAGCAGGAUAGUUUAUGGCAAGUAUGAAGAGUGAAAUUUACCCAAAGAACUAACUAUAUGUGUAAAGGCUUGAACUUCUACAAGAAGUACAACUCAGGAGAGCUGUAUUUUGAAGGAUAAAAUGUUUAUAAUUGGGGGGGAAAGAAAAAAAUUAUUGUUCAUGGUAAAAGAUAUUUAGCAACUAUGGUAUUCUUAUUCUGAAGAUUUUUGCACACUCAGACUACCUGAGAUAUUGGUAAUCAUCCUUCUGUGAAAAAAAAAAUGUACAGAGAUGCAGGUCUGUAAUAUAAAACCUUAAACGUUAUAUAGUUCUUCCUGCAUUAGUUUAUUUUAUUUCUUUAUUUUCAUAUUCAUUUGCUAAAGACCCAUAAUAUUUUGUUUAUCAAUGCACUAGAAGUUUGGGUUGAUAAUUGUUUUUGUUUUGUGGGAUCUUUUUUUCCCCCAGUGUGGUGAAAAUUUUGGGGAGGGGAGGGCAGGGGAAUUAUAGUCCAAAAGCUACCAAUUGCUGACUCUUUUUGAAAACAGAGGUAGAAUAAUAUCACUACUGACAUAACUACCUGUAACAUACUUGUAUUAGGGCUUUUAAACAUGAGCCAUUAAAAAUAUGAUCCUUCAAGGACUGGAACUUGAAUCACUGAAAAAAAAAAACAAGUCUAAGUUGUAUCUGCUGUCACAUUUUUUUUUCUUUUUUUGGGGGGGAGGGGAGAAUUGAUGUAGAUUUCACUCUAUGUACAGAAUUUAAUGUUGAAUAUAUUAAAGUAACAAAUCUGGCAUGGUUUGAGUGAGGAUGGUUAGAUUUAUUGGAAAUGUAUUCAUACUGUGAAUUGUGCUCUGAUGGCUUAAAAAAAGACGAGAUUGUCAAGCAUUCCGUAUUAACAGUGGAUGUAGAAAAUUUUUUUCAGAUGGAUAAAAUGUAUAUGGUACAGAUAUGUAAAGUUUUUUAUGUAAAAAUUCUGUACAACUUUCUGUACAAUAUUGGUUCUCAUCUGGCAUAUUCUAAUCAGGUUAUAGGUCAAUAAAGUUUUUGAAUUCUUUCAUCAGUGCAAUCAAAACCAGUGUAAUCUUAAGAAA